AUGGCCAACGUGCCCCUCCCGCUCUCCACCGUGCUCACCAAGUCAAACUCCUUCCUCCUCUCCUCGCCCCACUCCUCCUCCUCCUCCUCCGAGCUCCCACACUCGUCCCGCGACGCGGCCAGCUCGCCCCCGGACGCCGCCUCUCCCCUGACCUCCUCGUCCUCGGGCAACGCCACGCUGCGCAGACGCGGCACCACCGUCAUGGUGGUGCGAUCCACCGAGGAGGAGAACAAGGUGCUGCGGGAGCAUAUCGAGCAGCUGCAGAUCCUGCUGCAGGAAAAGCACAACGAGGUGCAACACUUCAAGACACAGCUGCAGGCCGCCAAGCACGAGAUAGCCGUGCUCAAGGGGCAGCUUGCUUCUGGUGUACCUGCGCGGUUGGAAUCCAUGGCGCCCCGCGGCCUGGGCGGCGGAGGACCGCGGAGUAGCAAGAGCACUGCGACGGGCGAAGGCUCCCUCGUGGAGAUCGGGAGCCAUCUGUACGACGACUCGCUGGAGGACCCCAACAAUGCCGAAGCAGCCGCCAUGGGCGAGGGCAGUCAGCGGGCCAAGGGAGGUGCAGCUGGCCACCACCAGGGCGAGGAGGAAGAUGAACGCACCACCACCACCAGCAGCGACGACGUGAAGGACGAGGAGGGCGGCCAGCAGAAGCGCGACGCGGACAGGCGGAAGGAGCGGAAGAAGAGCAUGCUGAUGGCCAUGUCUCGCGUGGACCACAGCCGAUUCGGGAUGGAGGUCGGGGGCAGGUCGAGCCUCAGGGCCAAGUCCAAGGAGCGGGGCGACGUUCUCAGCAUGUUUAAGCGCGACGACGCCAGCGGCGACGGCGAAGACUCCAACCGUGGCCCCGCCCACAACAACUCCCAGCAAUCUGCCGCCAUAUCCGAGUCGCCAAGUCCUCUCUUCGCACCGGCAGACAGUGGCUUCGUUGUCGAAGAAGAACAUGAAUGCGAGUUUUGUAUCCUCCUCCUUCUCCUGCUCGUCGUCUGGGUCCUCCAUCGUGGCAUUCAGAUCACGACCACCUUCUUCGCCGCAGAAGGCACCAACUGGUACCACGAGCACUUCUACGGGCAGCCCCAUCGCAAUUUUCUGGGCAUCGAAACCCCAUUGGGCACGGUGCUGGUCUCUUGCAAGCGAGAGGGGAAAGCGGGGGAGGAGCGGAACAGCCAGACGUCUGGCGAUGCUCUUCAAACGUCGUCUGGCACAUACGCGGCCACGGACGGCGACCAGAAGGUGUCCAUGCCGGCCGUGUCGAUCGACACCGCUGGUGGAAGAGACCCCAUUGAGAAGCUCCUCAACACCGUGAAUCCCCUCCUAUUCUCGGCCGGCAUCGUCAAGGUAUAA